AUGGAAUUUAGGUUCACUCACAUGUAUGAUGUGAUCGAGUUUAAAAUAGGCAGAAGAUUGAAUUCUGCAGAGUCAAAGAAAACUGUAGAGAAAGUGGCUUCUUCAUUUGCAACGAAAAUAGCCAGAAGAUUGAAAUUAUUGGAACAUGAGUUGAGGUGGCUGUUCCAUUCCACAAAUAGCGACAAGAUUGAGUCACAGCAUGACAAUCUAGAACUUUAA